UUAAGCAGUUUACUAAAUUACUAUGUGAUAUGCGUCCAAUGUUUUCCCAAUGAUAACAUGCAACAAGGAAGUCAAGUUAAUAAUCAUGUUGUUAGUCAACCCACGCAGCUAGCUGAUGAAUGCAGCAUUGCAUAAUAACAAAAGGAUUGAGCAACAUUCGUAGCGCAAUCAUUAGCGGCAUUAUGAAUGUAGCUUUCUCAUUUUCUCUGCAGAUUGAAAUACUAAAAUGAUCAUCCCUUAAAUUCGCUAGACAUUAGUUGCAUCGAAUUAAAGGAUUAUUGGAAUGUUUACGUUUGGCCGGCGCGUUGCUUGUUGAUGGAAAGGUGGAUGGAUGGUUGAAUGAAUGCAGCAGUGCGUGAGUGCUGGUUUGUGCGUUCAGUUGAAUCUGGUGGAGGAAAUGAAUAGUAUUUUAGAAAGUUCCUUCUCCGGCCAGGAGACAAAGCAACAGAUCCAGUGAGCGGCGUCGAAUGCAUUUGUUAUUCGUUCCGACUCUGCUCUUUUGUUAUUGAGGACGAGAAACAAGAUGGCUGCAUCUGUGCCCAGCUAAUGUAUAUAUAUAUGCAUGUGUUUAUGUAUAUAUAUAUUAGUUUUGGGAUUUGUUGUUGUUAUCAACACGAGAAACGAGAGGAGAGGAAACUGCUUCAUUUAUGAUUGGAACGGACUAGGAGCGAGCCUCCAGCAUGAGACUGGUUGCUUCUCACUAAUUUCGGAUCCUCCUAAAAAAAAACAUCGCAAACACAUUAACCUGAAGAUGGGGGACGUUCCUCAGCAGACUGUGGAGUACCAAUGGGCUUACAACAUCAUGGAUUCAAGCCGGGUGUCCACCUUCCUCAUUUCCAUGCUCCUGAUAGUGUAUGGAUCAUUUAGGAGCCUUAACAUGGAACAAGAAGCCAGAGAAAGGGCAAACAAUAGCAGCACAAAUUGCUUGCUCAACCCAUCAGUUAAUUCACCAACAGUAGAGAGCAAUGUCCACUCUCUGGAUGCCUUUCAAGCUGUCUGUCUACCUCUUGGUGCAAGUGUCUCUCUGCUCAUCAUGUUUUUCUUUUUCGAUUCCAUGCAGAUGCUCUUUGCAGUUUGCACAGCAAUAAUAGCAACUGUGGCUUUGGCAUUUUUGCUGCUGCCCAUGUGCCAAUACAUUAUUCGACCAUGUUCAGAUGGGAACAAAAUAUCAUUUGGAAUAUGUGGUCGAUUUACUGGGGCCGAACUGCUCUCAUUUACAUUCUCUCUUUCCAUUGUGUGCAUAUGGGUUUUGACUGGUCAUUGGUUGCUUAUGGACGCGAUGGGAAUGGGCCUCUGCGUGGCAUUUAUAGCCUUUGUCCGGUUGCCAAGUUUGAAGGUAUCGACGCUGCUGUUAACGGGUUUGCUGAUAUACGACGUCUUCUGGGUGUUUUUCUCGUCCUACAUAUUUAGCACAAACGUUAUGGUUAAAGUGGCUACACGACCAGCAGAAAAUCCCGUGGGCCUCGUGGCCCGUAAACUGCACUUGGGAGGUGUCGCCAAAGAAGUUCCGAAACUUAGUUUACCCGGUAAACUAGUCUUCCCCAGCAUGCACAACAGUGGUCACUUUAGCAUGUUAGGUCUUGGCGACAUCGUAAUGCCUGGUCUGCUGCUGUGCUUCGUGUUACGGUAUGAUGCGUACAAGAAGUCGCAGGGAAUGUCCGGCUCUCGGUUAACUUACUUCCACUGCUCCCUGCUAGGUUACUUCUUAGGACUGCUGACAGCCACAGUCAGUUCGGAAGUAUUCAAGGCUGCCCAACCUGCCCUCCUUUACCUGGUACCAUUUACAUUAUUACCACUGCUCACAAUGGCCUAUCUCAAAGGUGAUUUGAGGAGGAUGUGGUCUGAACCAUUUAAGUCGCUGGGUGCAUCGAAGCAUUUAGAAGUGUGAUAAGACUUAACAAUUAUAAUUAUUGAUAAAAGACACAAAGUGAUUCUCGCUCUUAGGUUUUAUUGACUGUUUAUUAUUAUUUUUAUUAUUUAUCAUUGUCAUCUCGAUUAUUACGUUUUGAGUCAUUCACAUAUUCACACACACACACACAAACAUACACAUCCCACCCACCCUAAAAAAAAACAUUUGCUGGCCGGCAAAGAAGAAUUGGAUGAUGAAUGAUGAUGACAAAGAAAAGAGCGUUUCGUUGUAAUAUUAUUACUAUUAAUUAUUAUUAGUUUUAAGCAUGGAAAACCGUUGAAAGUAAGCAUUAUUUAUAGUUUGCGUUUAUUGUCUCUAUUGGUGUGUACUUAUUUUGCCACAGGUUAAACACAGCUCUCUUUCAUUUUCUUUUAAGUUCAUGUUAAUAGUUAAGGUCUUAAUCUCGAUUGAUUUCGUCCAUAAAUUGAGGCAAAUAUUUAGGUUAAUUCAAUAUUAAAACGAAACCCUUUUAGUUAUUACUUUAAAUCAUUUAAUUAUUAUU